GAAGCGACUUCCAAAUGAAGGUCUCUGACAUCGUGCUUAUUUUUGGGCUCUACUUGUUUGUCCGUGUCGCCGAAUCCUUUGAAUCGUUUCGCUUUAAAACAUUGGCAAAAUAUAAUGGAAAUCCAGAAUUGGUUGGUGGGAGCUCACAUCCGUGUUACCGAGAAUGCAAAGCUGGAGAAAAUUUGACGUGCAACUAUAGUUUUACCUUGACGCAGUACACCUCGAUGAGCUACGCCUGUCGCGAUUGUCCGUUCAACGAAAACGACUGUUUUCGUGAUGGAUGUGUAUCAGCCGGUGGCUACGUGCGUCCAAUCACAGUUGCUAAUAAAAUGAUGCCUGGACCGAGCAUCCAAGUAUGCAAAAAUGACAGAAUUCGUGUUAAAAUUGUUAACGCAUUUACCAGCGAGAGUGCAACGAUUCAUUGGCACGGUAUUCAUCAAGUCGGAACUCCCUAUAUGGAUGGCACACCGUUCGUAACUCAAUGUCCUAUACCACCGCAUAAUACAUUUACCUACGAUUUCGUUGCAUCGCCUGCUGGCACACAUAUCUGGCACUCUCACAUCGGUUUCGAGGAAUCUGAUGGCCUUUACGGGAGCUUAAUCGUCCGUAAGGCAAACGAUCCUUUAUCGAAAUACUACGAUUACGAUCUAGCCGAACAUGUGAUGAUCGUCUGGCAUUGGUAUGAUUCGUCAACAGCAUUUCGAUUGGCCACCGCUCUCCACAGGAAUACUAAAGUCUCGGGUUACGGCUUACUCAUCAACGGUUUAGCCUCCGGGGCCGAAAUAAAAUAUAACGAUACGAUAUACAAAACACCGAGAAAAGUAUUCGAAGUCGACCCAGGGCGCAGAUAUCGGUUCAGGGUCAUAUUCAACAGUGCUGUAUAUUGCCCCGUGCAAAUUUCCAUAGACGAUCACAAACUUCUAAUGAUAGCUUCCGAAACUGGUACUUUUACGCCUCUUCUGGUCGAUUCUUUCAUCAUAAAUAGCGGUGAACGCUACGAUUUUGUACUCCACACUGGAGAAAAGCCUGCCAAUUAUUGGAUAAGAUAUCGAGGAUUGGGUGAUUGCCAAACUGACAGCGUUCAAGUCUCGGAAUUAGCCGUUCUCAGAUAUAGAAAUUCGAUAGUUGCAGAACCCCAGGGUGGCACUGGUUAUCACGAUGCUAUGAGAUCCGGAGUGCUUUUGAAUCCAGUACAAGUAGAUAGGUACGAUUAUACGAACAAUACAAUAUUCAAAGUAUCGGAUUUGAGCAACACUGGAAGUCCGAGGGGUCAGGACGUGUCAGGAACCCCGAAUCACACUUUUUACUUUGCUUUUUCUUUCAAUCAAUACGAUUCGUAUUUCGCUCCUGGCCCCUAUCCACAAAUCAAUAAUUUAAGUUUCGAAUACCCUCCUCUACCUCUGUUAACGGAACACGAAUAUUUGACGAGCGAUAUGUACUGCACGGAGAGUGAUGACUCGAACAAGGAUUGCGUUUACGAAUUUUGCUCGUGUCCGAUAAUCUAUCGUGUUAAAAAAGACAGUUUGGUAGAAAUAGUUUUCGUCGAUACCAGUACGAUAAGGAAUCAAGACCAUCCGAUGCAUCUGCACGGUCACGACUACCGGGUCGUAUCCAUGGAAACUGUAGGCUCCAACUGUUCUCUGGAGAUGGUUAAGAGAGCCAAUGAAGCUGGAAUGAUAUCGAAAAGACUAGAAGGAGGUCCAAUAAAAGAUACAGUCGGUGUACCGGCUAGCGGCUUCACCAUCGUCAGAUUCAUUGCUACGAAUCCAGGAUAUUGGUUUUUUCAUUGUCAUAUCGCUAAUCAUGUGGAAAUGGGAAUGGGUUUUGUGCUCCAAGUUGGAGACAGCAGGGAAAUGAUUAAGCCACCUCCGGAUUUCCCCAGAUGUGGUAGAAACGACUGUUCUCUUUAAGGCAUGAAUCACGCAGAUCUUUUCAGCUAAAUACUUUAUUGGUUAUGAAUUCCAGGAUUUCGUAAUUGAAUAUCAAUUGAAAAAAAAUUAGUGAAAAAAAGAGAGUGAAGAAAAUGAGAAAAAAAAAAGUAAACGCCAACUACGAGAAUUUUCAUAGAUAAAAUUAUUCAUGUAACUCAUUUUUAAAUGGUAUUUAUUCCAGUAAAUUGUUAUUUAGACUUCAGGAAAAAUCGUUCACCUCAAUUGGAGGUCAGUUAAGGUCGAUUAAACAUUUACGAACAGAUCCGAAUUUUUACGUAUUCACAAAGAGGAUAUGGAGUUUUGAAGUCUUGAGGCGUCCUCUGUGGACUUUCUGGAAUCAUAAAAAUUCAUCAUGGCUGUCAUUUCCGGUCAGAUUCACCAAAUCAUAUAAUCGGAGAAAACGGGAGCAUCGAAAAUUAUUGAAAAAAGUGUCUCCUACUCCUGAGCUGAAAAAAUCGCGAGAAGAUACUAAAUAAUAAACACGAAAGCAUACCCCUUCGAUUUUAGGGACUAUUUAUUCUCGUUACAACUCUUCUUCUACUAUCAACCUUCAAGAAAAAACUGUUUUUAGUGCAACGUAAAUAUGCCGGGGUAAGCGAUGACGAUUGCUCUCAUUCUAUUUUUGGAAAUGACUCCACAACAACGCCCUUCGUGUAAUUUCCUGUUGCCUAAUUCGCUGAUGCUUUUUUUGUUUACUGUCUGUUUAACCUUCGAUAUUAACGUUAUUUUGAGAAAAUACGGUAAAUAAUUAUUUUACAAUGUAAUAACUGUCUACAAUGUCAAAAUUCUAACCUAUAAAGCAGUUUUAUUGUACCAUUUUAAUAAAAAAUUCUCUUUGUGCCUUAA